UAGCACUGUGACACUGCUUUAGCAAUAAAACAAAAAAUUAUUUAAUCUUACGCACUGACACUGGUCAGUGUCUUACGUUAUGUCUUAAUACAAAAAGCAAACAUCUAAAGUUCAGUUCGCUUUAAGGCUGUUUGCAGCUACCAGUAAUGUUCUGUAGAAUUUUUAAAACUAAAUUAACUUCUUAAACAUUUUUACUCGAUACUAAACGAAUUUAGCAGAAACUGUUAUUGCUCUUCUUUAUGUUCAGUUUGCUGUUAACUAGAAACUGUGAAAACCACGCAAAAGUUGGGAAAUAAACAGUGUUAGUAAUAAACAAAUACUUACAACACAAUUAUAUUAAUUUAUUUAAACGCUGCAAAAUGUCAGCUCAUGAUAUAAAGUUGGAAGUAUGUGUUGAUUCAAUAAAAUCAGCAUUUGCGGCUGAAGAAGGCGGCGCGGCUCGCAUUGAACUUUGUGCCGCCCUACAGGAGGGUGGCCUAACACCCACCAUUGGAACUUUGAAGACUCUCAAAGAAUUACCGUUUACUUUGCCAAUACAUUGCAUGCUGCGCCCGCGACGUGGCACCGAUUUCGUCUACAGCGAGGAAGAGUUGCGAGCGGUACUAACCGACAUGGAAUUACUGCGUUCCCAUGGCGCUGAUGGAUUUGUCUUUGGCGCGCUUACUCCAGAGAGAACAAUCGAUGUGGACAAGUGUCGACGUGUAAUGGAGCAGUCGUAUGGUCUGCCUGUAACCUUUCAUCGUGCCUUCGAUCUCACUGACAACAAAUAUAUGCACGAGAAUGUCGAAUUGCUAAAGGAACUGGGCUUCAAACGUGUGCUUAGCAGUGGCUUUCGUGCAUCCGCUGCCGAAGGCGUUGAAGCCUUAGCACAGUUAAUAGCAAAGCAUCAUCGUGACAUGAUUAUAAUGCCAGGCGCCGGCAUUAAGGUGUCCAAUCUGGAAGAGAUUCUAACAUUUAGUCGUUGCUUAGAGUUUCAUGCGUCUGCCCUAGACACAGCCAGCGAAGAUUACAGCGCACCGACAACUACGCGCAUGGAGUGCGAUGUAACAAUGGGGAAACAGGACAUCGAUCCGUACUAUGGCACGAACGCCUACGUAGUGCGCAAAAUGGUGGUAAUUGCCAAUGCGAUGAGCUGCAGAUAAAAGAUUAUUACAUUAAAGUUAAAUUAGUUUAUACUAAGUGUCUUUAGAAUGUACAUACAGAUAUGUCCAAUAGUUUAUUAAAUAAUCAUAAGUUGCAACAAACGUUUUAUUCUAUAGUACAUCCAGAUGUACUAAAACAUUUUGAAAUGGAAGUUAUAUGAGCUAUCGAUAUAGUACUGUGUAUUUAUCGAUGUGUAUGUAUAAUAGAAAUAUCGAUUUCUUUCAGAAACAUUUGAAUUUUGUUUUUAUUUAGAACAUCACAUUUGGUUAAAUUACAAAAAAUUUAAAUUAUUAAGCAAUUAAAUUAAAGUCCAUUGAAGCUCACCAGUCCUCGUAAUGGAUACGAUAGACGAUUGUGCAAUGCUCGUGGGCUUUGAUCAGCAAUUGGAUUACGUGGAGCAAAUGUUGCAAAAGGCCGACAAGUAUAAUAUCAGACUUGUAACAGAGAUCGACAAUCUAAAGAAUAUCGUGCAGGCCAAUCAAAAAAUUCUUCACAAUUUGCAAUCAAAUGAGGCGCACAUGAAAGCUUUACUGGAAGACAAUCAGAAAGCAGAUCUGCAUGCUAAAAUGAUUAGUUGUGCUAAACGUUUAAAAAGAAAACUUUUCGUCACUGUAUCCUUGUUAGAUGAGCUUGAGGCCGAGGAUAUCCCCAUUGACUGUAAGGAGGAACAGGGUUCCGAGUCGAGCCUGUCGCAGCAAAUGAAUGGACUGGGCCCAUCUCUGGUUUCCAUCGGAAAUGAGUUAAAGUCAUUGAGCGAGGAUAAACUGAAUGAGAUACGCGAAGCAAGUCUUCUGUCGCAGUCGUCUUGUAAGGGGUCCAACAAAGAACGUCGUUGCUGGACCCAUUGCAGGACCUUGAACCAGAAUGAUUUGCAUGCUAAAGAACUCAUAGAGUUGCGUAAAGCAACUGAAUUGUUGUUACAAGCCUUUAAUCAAUCAAACUCAGUGACUGUGGAGAUCAUAUAUCGGAACCACAUUAUGGAAAGAGUUAAAAGCAUGCUGGACAAAAGUGAGCGGUUAGAUUUAAAAUCCAAGAUCCUUAAUACGAUCAAAAUUCUGUCAAAAAAACUGCUAAGAGCCUUGAUUAAACAAAAAGAAUUACAUUUUUCGAACGGUCUAAUGAAAGUUUGCCCGAUAUUAAAUUGAAAAUCUGAACUGGUAAAAAUGUUAGUUGCUAAAAUAAAUAAAUUAAAUGUAAUAUA